AUGUGUGUUGCUUCACUUUUAUUCAUCUCCAAUAUAUUGCUUGUAGAUGGUUUAAGCAGGUUCGUAGAUUGGUAUGAAACACUUAGUUAUGAACCAUUGGCUGGUCGCAGGAAGCGAUCACCUGAUGGAAUAUAUGCACCUCUUAGUCUUCAGUUCGCUUCACAUAACAGAUCAUUCCAUUUAAUUCUUCGUUCAUUGGAUGAGAGUACCAGUGUGUUCAGCGAUAAUUUUAUUUUUGAUGUCGAUGGGAAAGGCGAGCACAUACCAAUGCGAGAUUUUUUAGUACACGGUCAUGAUAAAAAUGAUCCAGAAUCCACGUUGUAUGGUUCAUUUCGCGAUGGAAUAUUUGAUGGGCAUAUAAUUUAUGGUAAUGGAGAGUCUUAUACCAUAGACAAAAUCGACCGGUAUUUACAUUGGAGGCAUAGGCCAAAACAUUUCCAUUCCAUUAUUUAUUCAGAUAAUUCAAUUAAUUUUUGGAAACAAAGAAGGAAACGUUCAUUGGUGGAAAACAAUCAGAAUUGUGGAUUAGAUUACACAACGCAGCAGAAAAUGGAAAUUCUGCAAAAUAGUGUUAUUUUCGAGGACGAAGAAAACGAGCAAUCCUAUCGAGACGGUGCAUUUGAUGAACGUUAUAUACUUGAGUCACGAUUCAAACGAUCUGCUGAAGAAAAUGACAUUAAAACAAUUAAUGGCAAACGGAUUUAUUCCGUCAGAGCAUGCUAUGUCUACCUCCAAGCAGAUCAGAAACUUUACCAACAUGUUUAUGAAAAAGAAGGAAAUAUGGAUGACGUCAGGACCAGGGAAGAGAUUGCAAGUCUUUUUUACAACCACAUUAAGGCAGUGAAUCAAAUUUAUGAAAGUACGAGCUUUGGUGGUAUCAAUGGCAUUACAUUUGUUAUACAACGAAUCUCGCUUUAUACUCCAAGCACUUGUAAAGAUGGCAAACCAAAAGGCGUAUCUCAGGAAAAUCCAUUUUGUGAAGAAAAUGUCGAUGUGUCGAAUUAUUUGAACCUUAAUUCUCGCAAAAACCACUCUGAUUUUUGCUUAGCUUAUGCAUUCACAUUUCGCGACUUUGUAGGCGGUACUUUAGGCCUUGCUUGGGUAGCCAGUCCAAAUCACAACACAGCUGGUGGUAUAUGCCAGCAAUAUACGAAGUAUAGCGAGGCUUCGAACUUUGUCUAUCGUUCGCUCAAUACAGGUAUAAUUACAUUGGUAAAUUAUGGUAAUCGUGUCCCCAAUCGGGUGUCGCAGUUAACCCUAGCUCAUGAAAUCGGUCAUAAUUUUGGAUCUCCGCACGAUUAUCCUCUGAAUUGUCAGCCAGGAUUACCAGAUGGAAACUUCAUUAUGUUUGCUUCUGCAACUUCAGGGGAUAAGAAGAAUAAUGCGCAGUUUUCAAACUGUUCAAUAGCAAAUAUUACUUUGGUGCUUACUGAAGUUCUGCAACAACGACCAGUGGACAGCGAAGUUACAUUGCGAAUAGGUGGCUUCGGUAAUAUAGGUGCUGGAAAGCGAAAUUGCUUUAGAGAAGCAAAAUCUUCUUUUUGCGGAAAUCAGGUAAAGGAACCCGGGGAAGAUUGCGACUGUGGAUACAGUGCCGAAGACUGUCAAACAAUGAAAGAUAACUGCUGUAAUCCUCGUCAAUCUGGACCUGCGUCUCGCUGCAAACGUAUUCAUUCUGCUCAGUGUAGUCCGUCUGAAGGACCAUGCUGCGACGCUUCCAGCUGUCAGCCAUAUGCUUCUAGAAAAACAUGUCGGGCAGAAUCAGAAUGUUUAAAACAACAGCAGUGCAACAGCGAAAGUCCAGAAUGUCCACCAUCUGAUCCCAAAGAAAAUGGUCUACCAUGCCAAGAUUCGACAAAAGUUUGUAACGAUGGUAAUUGUAAUGGCUCAGUCUGUGCACAGGUGGGACUGAAGGACUGUUUCCUGACAGUAGGAUCACCAGAACAUCUCUGUCAUCUGGCCUGCGAAGAUGAAAAUGGAACUUGCCGAUCUAGUCUUACACUACCGCAGUUUGCUAUUGGUAAAUACAAACAAUCUGGUCGAAAAAAUAAACCUGGAUUGAUUCUUCUUCCUGGUUCUCCGUGCAACAACUACAAAGGUUACUGCGAUAUCUUUCGCAAGUGUAGAAGUGUAGAUGCUGAUGGACCUUUAGCACGUCUUAAAAAUGUCAUUUUUAAUCCCAAAACAUUAUAUGAAGUCAAAUAUUGGAUUCAAGUUAACUGGUGGGCCGUUGUUCUUGGUGGUCUCGGUCUUCUGCUUUUCAUGACACUGUUUAUCAAAAUCUGUGCUGUACAUACUCCCAGUACUAAUCCCAAUAAAACUCCAGCCUUAAAUAUUUAUGACACUCUCCGUCGUCCAAGGAACCUUAUUCAACGUAAACAUGGAUGUGGAGCACAUCAGGUUGGUGGAGGUACUAGUGGACGACAAGCUGCAGGACACACAGAAAAUAGUGAAAGAGUAAGCAGCCGUGCGGCAUUCCAACCAACACCUUCAGCACCACCUUUACCACCUCCACCAACUAGCGUGCUCGUCAUAGAACCACCGCCUCCCUAUACGGCCGCUAUUCCGGGAUCUUCCAUUGCACUUGGCGGCCCAAAACGCGGCCAUCGAAGAAAUCGUAGGAGAAAUGAUGUCGAAAUUCGAGCUAAAAAUCGACGAAAUUAA